GCGCCAUCUGCUCGCAGCGCCGCCUCCUGCUCCUCCCGCCGCUGCCCUGAGUCACGGACUGCGCAGCUCCGGCCGCCGGGCGCCCCGUGCUCGCCAUCGAUAUUUGGAGUUCUUAACAACAUGGCAGACAUUGACAACAAAGAACAGUCUGAACUUGAUCAAGAUUUGGAUGAUGUUGAAGAAAUAGAAGAAGAAGAAACUGGUGAAGAAACAAAAAUCAAAGCGCGUCAGCUGACUGUUCAGAUGAUGCAAAAUCCUCAGAUUCUUGCAGCCCUCCAAGAAAGACUUGAUGGUCUGGUAGAAACACCAACAGGAUACAUUGAAAGCUUGCCUAAGGUAGUUAAAAUACGAGUGAAUGCUCUCAAAAACCUUCAAGUUAAAUGUGCACAGAUAGAAGCCAAAUUCUAUGAGGAAGUUCAUGAUCUUGAAAGAAAGUAUGCUGUUCUCUAUCAACCUUUAUUUGAUAAGCGAUUUGAGAUCAUUAAUGCAAUUUAUGAACCUACGGAAGAAGAAUGUGAAUGGAAACCAGAUGAGGAAGAUGACAUUUCGGAGGAGCUGAAAGAAAAGGUCAAAAUUGAAGAUGAGAAAAAGGAUGAAGAAAAACAAGACCCCAAGGGAAUUCCUGAAUUUUGGUUGACUGUUUUUAAGAAUGUUGACUUGCUCAGUGAUAUGGUUCAGGAACAUGAUGAACCUAUUCUGAAGCACUUGAAAGAUAUUAAAGUGAAGUUCUCAGAUGCUGGCCAGCCUAUGAGUUUUGUUUUAGAAUUUCACUUUGAACCCAAUGAAUAUUUCACAAAUGAAGUGUUGACAAAAACAUACAGAAUGAGGUCAGAACCAGAUGAUUCUGAUCCCUUUUCUUUUGAUGGACCAGAAAUUAUGGGUUGUACAGGGUGCCAGAUAGAUUGGAAAAAAGGGAAGAAUGUCACUUUGAAAACCAUUAAAAAGAAACAAAAACACAAGGGACGUGGGACAGUUCGUACUGUGACCAAAACAGUUUCUAAUGACUCGUUCUUUAAUUUUUUUGCCCCUCCUGAAGUUCCUGAGAGUGGAGAUCUGGAUGAUGACGCUGAAGCUAUCCUUGCUGCAGACUUUGAAAUUGGUCACUUUUUACGUGAGCGUAUAAUCCCAAGAUCAGUGUUGUACUUUACUGGAGAAGCCAUUGAAGAUGAUGAUGAUGAUUAUGAUGAAGAAGGUGAAGAAGCGGAUGAGGAAGGGGAAGAAGAAGAUGAGGAAAAUGAUCCAGACUAUGACUCAAAGAAGGAUCAAAACCCAGCAGAGUGCAAGCAGCAGUGAAGCAGGAUGUAUGGCCUUGAGGAUAACCUGCACUGGUCUACCUUCUGCUUCCCUGGAAAGGAUGAAUUUUCAUCAUUUGACAAGUUCAUUUCAAGUUUUUUGUUGUUUCUUUGUUUGCUUGUUUGUAGCCUAAAAUAAAAAUGUCAAAUAUAAU